GGGAGCCCUUGUCCUUGUGGGGAACGUGGCUUACCCUUCAGGGGUUUUGAGGGAGAGAAAAUCGGAAAACCACUGGUUAUGGAGAAAUGCCAGGGAAAGGCCAUAGGAGUGGAAUUUUCAGCCCGAUGAACCUGGAAGGGAAGCUUAGUUCUCUCUGUGGGCUCCAGCCUCUCUGGCCGUCCUGAAUGUUUCAGAGCAUUUUCUCUGCAUUUCUGCAGGGCCUCGCUAACGUGAUCUCCUGCCUCUGCAUCAGGGAAGACAGGCGGUGGAUUGCCACGGCCGACAAAGGGCCCGACUGCCUGAUAAUCACAUGGGACUCCUUCAGAGGGACGUUUGCAUCUGGAGGUGGACCUUAGCCAUGGAAAUGCCAGCAUGUACCCUCAACCUUCUCAAAGAGUAUGGUGUUCAGAACUAUCUUAAUUUUAAUCCAACAAAUAAUAAAGAAUUGGUGAGCAACAGUAAAACACAGGCAAUAUAUUAUUUGUGGUAUGAAGAGGGAGAUAUACUUGCUCACAGUGCCCCACGUUUAACAGAAAAACUAUAUUGUCACAGGUGAUAAUAGAGGUAACAUUAAGUUCUACAAUUGGACCCUGUCCAUUGUUACCUGAUAAAGCAACU